UGUUCUUUCAUAAGCAAUGGGCUAGCUUUUCCAAGCUAGUUCCUGUAAAUCAGCGGCUUUUAAAAUCACAAGCACAACAAUAGCCGUGUAUUUUCACAUGUAGACCUAAUAGGAGCUUUAUCAUUCCCUCAUAUCCACCUAAACCGCACGUUGUUUUUAAAAUAGCACUCCACUCCGUAUUUUAUUAACGGCAGCGCUAAAGCGUGCGGAUGGAUAUCUUACAAAAAGCCCAGCGCGGUUCAAAAAUAAGGCGACGGAAAAAAUAAAACGCCGCUAUUCAAGUAAUACAAGCACCAUAAUGCAUUCAAGUGCCAUACAACUUUAAUCCAUCAGCUAAAAAUCGAAUCCGCUAGUCUCAACAGGUCGCUCGUGUCGAGAGAAGGGCGGGAGGGAGUCACAUACGCAACAAAGCCGCGCAGUACGAGGGCCAAUGCAAACUGAAUGAGCGCAGCGGCAACCGAGCAACACCUUCCGUCUUCCUCCACCGCGGUCUCCAUUUUAACUCCUCGCCCAGCCUGCACCUCACGUGUCUUGGACUGUCUUUCUCACAUGACCCGUGUGUUUGUCCCCGUGAUCAGCGCUUCCAUCUCCCGUAUUUCAAGUGUCGCUGCAUAUCGCAUUUUAAAAUCCGCUCGCCUUCAUGGAUAUGCUCGAACAGAGCUUGGACACCUCGACGAGUCACGAGAAACAGGAAACUGAGGAGGUUGUUCAGCUACAGGAAGGAGAGGGGGUGGAGGAGCAAGCGGCGGUUACCAUAGCGAGUGUCCAGCAAGCAGCAGCGUUUGCAGACCACAAUGUUCAAUACCAGUUCCGCACAGAGAACAGCGGUGGGCAGGUGACAUAUCGUGUGGUCCAGGUAACAGAGGACCAUUUAGAUGCAGCUGGAGAUGGUGGCAAUGCAGUCAGCGUGGUGUCCACGGCCGCCUUUGCAGGCGCACAACAUGCAGUAGCACAGGCUGUUAUCCAGAACCCUUUCAGUAAUGGAGGCAGUCCAGCAGGGGAGACAGUGAGUGGAGAGACGCGCUUCGCCUACUUCCCAGCAGCAACUGUCAGUGAUGGUACAGCAGUGUCUGUGCAGGCUACCUCCGAUCCAACCAUCACACAGGCUGGAGGUCAGUUUUACGUGAUGAUGAGUCCACCAGAUGUUAUACAAACGGGCACACCACGGACCAUCGCUCCUCGUACACACACUUACUCAACAGACCUUGGUGACCGUGAGACUCUUCAACAUGGCAGAUCAGACUGGAAGAUUGAUGGUCCCCGGGCACCUCGUGAUGAGAGGAGGAGAGCACAGCAUAAUGAAGUUGAAAGGAGAAGAAGAGACAAAAUCAACAACUGGAUUGUCACACUGUCGAAAAUCAUCCCAGAUUGCAAUAUGGACAAUACCAAAACCGGAGCGAGUAAAGGAGGCAUCCUGUCUAAAGCAUGUGACUACAUUCGAGAUCUCCGACAGACUAACCAGAGGCUGCAGGAGAGCUAUAAGGACGUGGAGAGAAUACAGGUGGACAAUGAGCUAUUAAGACAACAGAUUGAAGACCUGAAGAACGACAAUGCACUGCUCAGAGCUCAACUACAACAGCAUGGCCUGGAAAUCAGCGAAGCGGCAUCAUAGUGACAAAACUAGGAAAAACAUGAACACAAAUAAACAGUCUCGACAGCAAAGCUCAAAGUGGAGACAAAACCCCUAAAUGACUCCCUUGCCCACAUCAGACUAAAGAUAUUUAGCAACUCAGUAGGGUGUGAAUGCCUGUUUGAUACACAGACACACAUUCUUAUAACAAGAGACUCAUUGAUAUUAGUGAAAAAUAAUAUCUGCUGUAAAAGCACACUUUGUUUUCUCCUUCACUCCCAUGAGAACUUAACCUGGACUCACGCAAAUAUGGAAUUAACUUCUUUCUUCCAGAAGUAGCCCACUUACCACAGAUCUUUGUUCUUGUUUAAAUAUUGGAAUUGUGAACCAAUUAUAUGCCUGCUCAUGCCUAAUGUUCAUCUUUUGUUUUUGUUUUCAACAAGUUAAUUUUGUGGCUUUAAUUUUUGCUACAAAGUGCAAAUGAUACUACUGUCUCUGUGACAGAAUGUCUUUUUUUUUUUUUUUUUUUGGUUUGUUGGUAUUGUAUUUAUUAGCUAUCAAAAGCAAUUAUGCAGCAGCUAUACAAAGCCUUUGCAUUUGGUGUAAAGCUGAAAUGUCAGCCUCAACGAAGUUGUCAAGCAGCAUAAAAUGACUUAUGUUUUUGUUUUUAAGAAAAGAAAAAAAAUAUUUAGCUUUUCUGUUCUGCAGUCUUUCCCUAUAUCGGAUUUAAAAUGAUGAGACUAAUCAGAGAAUUGUCAUAGUGGCACAUCAAAACGAACAUUAUUAACCGUAUUAGUUUGCUUAGAAUGCAGCUGAAAGUACAUUAAGUAUGUUUUAGUUCAAAAUAGGGACGAUUAAGAACGUAAAUAUUCUUAAAACUGCAAUUGUACAACAUCACGUAUCAUUUUAAAAUGUUUUUGGAGUACAUCAGAUUUCAUGCACUGUGAUGUAGUGAUGGAAGUACGAGUAGCUCAGGGUUUUGUGAUGCAGGAAAAGAGCAACGGCUCUUGAACGCCCCCUCUAACUUUGAAACCCUGCACUUUUUUUUUUGGCUGUAAAGACUAGAUUCUAAACAUGUACUGUAUAUAUCAUGUAUAUCAACCAGCUGUUCUUAUGUCAUUGAAUUCCUCACAAACAAAGAAUUUUACUUUAUAACAGUCCUAUAUCCAAAGUUCAUUUAUCUACAGGAACAUAGUUUUGAAAAAAUGAAGUGGAAAGUGCGCAAUAAAAAUGGCUAGAAUUGCUACUGUUAGUGUUUUUGUUCAUUUGCUAAAGGUAGAUCUUCCAUCUUUGUGUUUUGAAACUAUUCUUCAUCAACAUAAAUGCUGUUUAGAAAAAUGAAAUGGAAGUCAAGCUACAAAAAUGAACAAAAAUCACUACAUUACAAGAAUAUAUUGUAUAUGACUAAAUGUCUGACAGCUAAGGGUAAUAUGGCAAUUAUUGUUGAUGAGCAAUGCAUAAGGAAACCAAACAUCCAAAAUAACAUUGAUUUAUUUUUGUCUCAAUUUUUGUAUUUAAUGUCCUAAGCAAUUUAUCUCUAAAGGUUUUCAGGCCUGUGGUUUGCCUUUAUAGUUUGCCUUAUUGCAAGGCUUGAAUUAAAUAAUGCUGGAUUGCAAAGAGUUUAUUUUUGACUGUUUAGCACCCAUUACUUUAUCUCCAAUUCCCUCUGGUCAUGAAGUAUGCAACAUCUUUUAAACAAGUCUCAUGUGCAUUUGAUUCCACCUUAGAGGACUGAUUGUGAACAGAAAAAUAAAAAAGAUUUUGACCCCAAAUAUUCUGUGAUCAAACCAUGUGGGAAACCACAUUAUGAGUUAAAUAUAUUACAAAAUACAAAGAGAGAACAGAUAACCCUAAACACUGUUCUUUUUAUCUCUUUUAUCCGCAGUAUUAAUGCUAAACUUGAAUGACUGCUAAUUGACAUUCAAGAAUUAUAGUCUAAUGCACUGGUGCUUUAUAAAUCAAAAGUGGGGGAAAUGAGAAGGAAGAGUAUGUUACACAUGUAUGUCUGGUUAAUCAGUUGAGGAACCCUCAGCUUGGUGUUUCGACCACUGGUUUGAUUUCUAGAAGUUAACAAUGGCUUUCUUUAUACUUAAUGACUGUUGAUGUUUAUGUAUGUACGUAUAUACAAGAAAGAAAGAAAAACGGAUACAAUAUGUAGUUAUUUUCUUUGAAAGAAAAAAGUUCUGAAAUAAAUUUUAAAUACCUCC